CACCCGUCUCACAAAUUAUGCCCAUCACCUGACCCUAUCACGCCAUCGCAGCUACUUACUAAAGUACCCAAGUACCUCAUUAGGUCUGAUUGGCAUUUUGUACCACUCCCCGCAUUUUCAUAGGUGAACGUAUGCCGAGUUCGAUGAACCAUCCGAACCCUUCCAAACGACCGCCCAUAACGAACUUCUCCGGCAUGGACUCAUACCUCGGACAACACCACAUAUAGCUGCAUAAAAGCCCUCAUAUCUUACCAAUCUCACCAGCCUCAACAGCGCCGUGUCGUCGUCGCUGAUCAGCUCUGCCAUUAGAGCUCAUAGCGACGAGACCAAUUGGCUCUCUCUUAUCCCAUAUCUUGAGUCUUUACCCCACUGACUCAGCACACUACAACAUGUCUUCACCGCCAGGUCCUCCAGGCAAGACAAGCUCCCUCAGCAAGAUAGCUCCUCACAUCGACCUUGACGGGCACGAUCUCCCUCCCUCCCCAGCGCCCUCCAGCCCGCGCAAUGGCCGCAAAUACGCCCUCUCCACCGAGCUCGUCUACACCGACAGCAAGGACCAGUAUGGCGCCUCCAGCAUGCCCAUCUACCAGUCCGCGACCUUCAAGCAGACCUCGGCCAGCGGCGGCAACGAAUACGACUACACACGCUCAGGAAACCCCACACGCACGCACCUCGAGCGCCAUCUGGCUAAGGUCAUGAACGCCUCGCGCGCGCUGGUUGUUGGCUCGGGCAUGGGCGCCCUGGAUGUCAUCACGCGGGUGCUGAAGCCCGGAGACGAAGUCGUCAGCGGGGAUGAUAUCUACGGUGGCACGAACCGCCUGCUGAAGUACCUGUCGACGUACAGCGGCAUUAUUGUGCACCACGUCGACACGACUGAGCCAGAGUGCGUGCGCAAGGUGCUGUCGCCCAAGACGGCUAUGGUGCUGCUUGAGUCGCCGACCAACCCGCUCAUUAAGAUUGUGGACAUUCCUACCAUCGCCAAACUGGCGCAUGAGGCCGCGCCCACCGCCCUGGUCGUGGUAGAUAACACCAUGAUGUCGCCUAUGCUGUGCAACCCUCUCGACCUGGGCGCGGAUCUCGUCUACGAAUCCGGCACAAAAUACCUCUCUGGCCACCACGACAUCAUGGCCGGAGUCCUCGCCUUCAACGACGCCGCCCUCGGCGACAAAAUGUUCUUCACCAUCAACGCGACGGGCUGCGGUCUCUCGCCCAACGAUGCCUUCCUCCUGAUGCGUGGCCUCAAGACCCUCGCCAUCCGCAUGGACAGACAACAGGCGAACGCACAGCGCAUCGCCGAGUUCCUCGAGUCGCACGGCUUCCGCGUGCGCUUCCCGGGUCUGAAGUCACACCCACAGUACGAUCUGCACUGGAGCAUGGCGCGCGGCGCUGGUGCGGUGCUGAGUUUCGAGACGGGUGAUGUAGGAGUGUCGGAGCGGAUUGUGGAGGCGGCGAGGUUGUGGGGCAUUAGUGUCAGCUUUGGGUGCGUGAACAGUCUGAUUAGCAUGCCAUGCCGCAUGAGCCAUGCGAGUAUCGAUGCGAAGACGAGGGAGGAGAGGAAGAUGCCAGAGGACGUUAUUAGGUUGUGUGUUGGCAUCGAGGAUGCGGAUGAUUUGGUUGAUGAUCUUACGCGAGCACUCGUCCAAGCUGGCGCAGUGACAGUGACCCUCGACGGCUUCCACGCCAAGGGCUCCGCAUCAGAUAGCGGAUCCGUCAAUGGGACCACCGCGUGAUAAACAUUAAUGAGCAUGAAUGAUUUCAGGGGACCUAUACCUAAAUAUAUAUCUUCCACGGCGGCGGCGUUGUGGCAAUUCGCGGUAGGGGCUAUCAUAUUCAUGGGUUGAUGAUCGUUGUAUUUUAUUUAAACUACUGCUCUGAAGCCUGGCCAUAAUAAAGCUAUUUCGGUUAUUCCUUCCUGAUUACUAAUCCAUUCUGCACACUCACCCCCUGAUCGUUUUCUUCGACACAUGGUGUUGAAGAAAGCGUCCCUAUGAGCGCUCCUAAGCGACCGAUACCCCAGCCUCAGUUCCCAAAGCUAUCCCAUUUCUAGCUAUUCAUGUCCUGCAAUCCACUCCAUUUCCACCAUUCCAUUAGCAAAUCCAUGUCUCAAAAGCAUUCGCCAUCAGUGUGGUCGAUAGUGCAGCUUAGCAAGAUCUUGCCUCCAAAUUAAAGUAUUGUACGGCGCUAAGAUUCAUGAUCUUCAUAUUGUACGGCGCUAAGAUUUAUGAUCCUGAUAUUGUACGGCACUAAUAAUCUUGUGAGAUCUCAUGAUAUUACACGCGACUUAUAUACCCUUGCCAUGCUGUUGGGAAUUUGAGGGAGGACCUGGCAAGAAUCCCCGACCAGCUGAGCUGAUACCUGACUGUAACACAGUCGAGGCACUGAGUGUUUCGGCGGUGCCCCCAGAAUUCCCAUAUAUAGCUACGUAGGCCC